AUGAACUUGGCCGCACGCCGGGCUCCUGGCCGCGCGUGGCUCCCGCUGCCUCCCCGUUCGGUACUCCAGCUCCUGCGCGUCUUUGGGCUGCUGUCCCUGCUCCCGGGGCCCGCCCGGGUCGGCGGGGCGGAGCAGCGCCAGGUGUUCCAAGUGCUGGAGGAACAGCCCCCUGGCACGCUGGUGGGCACCAUCCAGACGCGGCCCGGCUUCACCUACCGGCUCAGCGAAAGCCACGCCCUGUUUGCAAUAAACAGCAGCACGGGGACCCUGUACACCACGGCCACCAUCGACCGCGAGAGCCUGCCCAGCGACGUGAUAAACCUGGUGGUCCUUUCCAGCUCGCCCACCUACCCCACGGAGGUGCGAGUGCUGGUGUGGGACCUAAACGACAACGCCCCGGUCUUCCCGGACCCCUCCAUCGUAGUCACUUUCAAGGAGGACAGCAGUAGCGGGCGCCAAGUCAUCUUGGAUACAGCCACCGAUGCGGACAUCGGCUCCAAUGGCGUGGACCACCACUCCUACCGCAUCAUCCAGGGCAACGAGGAGGGUCGCUUCCGCCUGGACAUCACCCUGAACCCGAGCGGCGAGGGCGCCUUCCUGCAUCUGGUGUCCGAAGGCGGGCUGGACCGAGAGGUCACGCCGCAGUACCAGCUGCUGGUAGAAGUGAAGGACAAGGGCGAGCCCAAGAGGCGGGGCUACCUUCAGGUAAAUGUGACUGUGCAGGACAUUAAUGACAACCCCCCGGUGUUUGGCAGUUCCCACUACCAGGCGGGGGUGCCUGAAGACGCAGCGGUGGGCUCCAGCGUCCUCCAGGUGGCGGCGGCGGACGCGGACGAGGGCACCAACGCGGACAUCCGCUAUCGGCUGCAGGACGAGGGGACCCCCUUCCAGAUGGACCCCGAAACGGGGCUUAUUACGGUGCGGGAGCCCCUGGACUUCGAGGCCCGGCGCCAGUACUCGCUGACGGUGCAGGCUCUGGACCGAGGCGUGCCUUCCCUCACCGGGCGCGCCGAGGCGCUGAUUCAGCUCCUGGAUGUCAACGACAAUGACCCCGUGGUGAAAUUCCGCUACUUCCCUGCCACCUCGCGCUACGCCUCGGUGGAUGAGAACGCCCAGGUGGGCACGGUGGUGGCUCUGCUCACUGUGACGGACGCAGACUCCCCCGCGGCCAAUGGGAACAUAUCGGUGCAAAUCCUUGCUGGCAACGAGCAGCGCCACUUUGAGGUGCAGAGCAGCAAAGUGCCCAACCUGAGCCUCAUCAAAGUGGCCAGCGCCCUGGACCGCGAGCGCAUCCCUUCCUACAACCUAACCGUCUCCGUCUCGGAUAACUACGGGGCGCCCCCUGCCGCAGCGGUCCAGGCGCGCUCUUCUGUGGCAAGCCUGGUGAUUUUUGUCAAUGACAUCAAUGACCACCCUCCUGUCUUUGCACAGCCAGUGUACAGGGUGAACCUGAGCGAGGACGCGCCCCCAGGAAGCUAUGUGAGUGGCGUGUCUGCCACAGAUGGCGACUCUGGUCUCAAUGCUAACCUGCGCUACAGCAUCGUCUCUGGCAAUGGACUAGGUUGGUUCCAUAUCAGUGAGCAUAGCGGCCUGGUAACUACAGGGGCUGCUGGGGGCUUGGACCGAGAACUUGCUUCUCAAAUUGUACUGAAUAUCAGUGCUCGGGACCAGGGCGUUCACCCCAAGGUCUCCUACGCCCAGCUUGUAGUAACUCUCUUGGAUGUGAAUGAUGAAAAGCCAGUCUUUAGACAGCCAGAAGGGUAUGCUGUGUCUGUGGUUGAGAACUCCCCAUCAGGGACAGAACUGCUAGUGCUGGGGGCAACUGACGGGGACCUGGGGGACAAUGGGACAGUGCGCUUCUCCCUCCAAGAGGCUGAGACUGACCAGAGGGCUUUUCGUCUGGACCCUGUGUCUGGGAGGUUGAGUACUAUCGCCUCCUUGGACAGAGAGGAGCAAGCUUUCUACUCCCUGCUGGUUCUGGCCACAGAUCUGGGCUCCCCUCCCCAGUCCUCAGUGGCUCGCAUAAAUGUGAGUCUCCUGGAUAUGAAUGACAACAGUCCUGUGUUCUACCCAGUCCAAUACUUUGCUCAUAUUCAGGAGAAUGAGCCUGGGGGUAGCUACAUCACCACAGUGUCUGCCACUGACCCCGACUUGGGUCUCAAUGGAACUGUCAAAUACAGCAUAUCAGCUGGGGACAGGUCUCGGUUUCAGGUCAAUGCUCAGAGUGGGGUUAUUUCUACAAGAAUGGCCCUAGACAGGGAAGAAAAAACAGCUUAUCAGUUGCAAAUAGUGGCUACUGAUGGUGGCAAUUUACAGUCUCCCAACCAGGCAGUAGUAACCAUCACUGUAUUGGACACUCAAGACAACCCACCUGUAUUCAGCCAGGCUGCCUACAGCUUCGUGGUCUUUGAGAAUGUGGCUCUGGGAUAUCAUGUGGGCAGUGUGUCUGCAUCCACCAUGGAUCUCAAUUCCAACAUCAGUUAUGUCAUUACUACUGGGGAUCAGAAAGGUAUGUUUGCUAUCAACCAGGUCACUGGACAGCUUACCACAGCGAGUGUGAUUGACAGAGAAGAGCAGUCCUUUUAUCAGCUGGUGGUAGUGGCUAGUGGAGGCACGGUGACUGGAGAUACUACGGUUAACAUAACAGUUAAGGAUUUGAAUGACAACUCUCCCCAUUUCCUUCAGGCAGUAGAGAGUGUGAAUGUGGUGGAGAAUUGGCAGGCAGGUCACAGCAUUUUCCAGGCCAAAGCUGUGGACCCCGACGAAGGGGUCAAUGGCAUGGUACUCUAUAGCCUGAAGCAGAACCCCAAGAACCUGUUUACUAUCAAUGAAAAGAAUGGUCACGUUAGUCUGCUAGGGCCCCUGGAUGUCCAUGCUGGUUCCUACCAGAUGGAGGUCUUGGCAUCUGAUAUGGGUGUUCCACAGCGUUCCUCUAGUGUUAUCUUAACAGUGUAUGUCCACGAUGUUAAUGACAACCCGCCGGUAUUUGACCAGCUCUCUUAUGAGGUCACCCUUUCUGAGUCAGAACCUGUGAAUUCUCGAUUCUUUAAAGUGCAAGCUUUUGAUAAGGAUUCAGGAGCAAAUGGUGAAAUUGCAUACAGCAUUGCUGCAGGAAAUACAGGGGAUGCUUUUGGCAUAUUCCCAGAUGGGCAAUUGUAUAUAAAAAGUGAACUGGACCGUGAACUUCAAGACAGAUAUAUUUUACUGGUUGUUGCUUCUGACAGAGCGGUGGAACCCCUUAGUGCUACUGUGAAUGUUACUGUAAUUUUAGAAGAUGUAAAUGAUAACAGACCUCUUUUUAACAGUACCAAUUAUUCAUUUUAUUUUGAAGAGGAGCAGAAAGCUGGAUCAUUUGUAGGCAAAGUCAGUGCUGUCGAUAAAGACUUUGGGCCAAAUGGAGAAGUAAGAUAUUCUUUUGAGAUGGUGCAGCCAGACUUUGAGUUGCAUGCUCUCAGUGGGAUAAUUACCAGCACUCAUCAGUUUGACAGGGAGUCUCUUAUGAGACGCAGAGGGACAGCAGUGUUUAGCUUUACAGUCGUUGCAACAGACCAGGGGCUCCCGCAGCCCCUCAAGGAUCAGGCCACCGUGCAUGUUUACAUGAAGGAUAUAAACGAUAAUGCCCCCAAGUUUGUAAAAGACUUUUACCAAGCCUCCAUCUCAGAAUCAGCAGCCAACCUGACACAGGUGUUAAGAGUAUCUGCCUCAGAUGUUGAUGAAGGUAAUAAUGGACUUAUUCAUUAUUCCGUAAUUAAAGGAAAUGAAGAAAGACAGUUUGCUAUAGAUAGUACCUCUGGCCAGGUGACACUAAUUGGAAAAUUAGACUAUGAAGCAACACCUGCUUAUUCCCUGGUAAUUCAGGCAGUGGAUUCAGGGGUAGUCUCCCUCAAUUCCACCUGUACCUUAAAUAUUGAUAUUUUAGAUGAAAACGACAAUACCCCUUCUUUCCCUAAAUCAACACUCUUUGUGGAUGUUUUGGAAAACAUGAGAAUUGGUGAACUCGUGUCCUCUGUUACUGCGACCGACUCGGAUUCCGGCGACAACGCUGAUUUACACUACAGCAUCACCGGGACUAACAACCACGGGACUUUUAGCAUCAGCCCAAACACUGGGAGUAUUUUUCUUGCCAAGAAACUGGACUUUGAAACACAGUCUUUGUACAAACUAAAUAUCACAGCAAAAGACCAAGGAAGGCCUCCUCGUUCAUCUACAAUGUCGGUGGUUAUACAUGUGAGGGACUUUAAUGACAACCCUCCUAGCUUUCCUCCUGGGGACAUUUUCAAGUCUAUUGUUGAGAACAUUCCCAUCGGAACGUCUGUCAUUUCAGUGACUGCCCAUGACCCUGACGCAGACAUCAACGGGCAACUAGCCUACACGAUCAUCCAGCAGAUGCCAAGGGGCAACCACUUUGGCAUAGAUGAAGUCAAAGGCACUAUAUAUACCAGUGCGGAAAUCGAUCGGGAAUUCGCUAAUCUCUUCGAGUUAACGGUGAAAGCCAACGAUCAAGCGGUGCCUAUAGAAACCAGGCGGUAUGCUUUGAAAAACGUGACCAUUCUGGUCACAGACCUCAACGACAAUGUUCCGGUGUUCAUAUCACAAAAUGCCCUUGCCGCAGACCCUUCCGCUGUGAUUGGCUCUGUGCUGACCACAGUCAUGGCCGCGGACCCGGAUGAGGGUGCCAACGGAGAGGUGGAAUACGAGAUCAUCAACGGGGACACGGACACCUUUGUCGUGGACCGUUUCAGUGGAGACUUGAGAGUGGCAUCAGCGCUGGUCCCUUCACAGCUGAUCUAUAAUCUCAUUGUUUCAGCAACAGACCUUGGCCCCGAAAGGAGGAAAUCCACCACGGAAUUGACCGUCAUCCUUCAGGGCCUCGAUGGGCCUGUUUUCACUCAACCCAAAUACAUAACUAUUUUGAAGGAAGGGGAGCCCAUUGGUACCAACGUCAUCUCAAUAGAGGCAGCCAGCCCUCGAGGAUCUGAGGCCUCCGUGGAGUACUACAUUGUUUCGGUGCGUUGUGAAGAGAAAACCGUCGGGCGUCUCUUUACCAUCGGAAGACAGACUGGAAUGAUCCAGACGGCAGCCAUCCUGGACCGGGAGCAGGGAGCUUGCCUUUACCUGGUGGAGGUUUAUGCCAUAGAAAAGUCGACUGCUUUCCCCAGAACACAGAGAGCAGAGGUAGAAAUAACGCUUCAGGACAUCAAUGACAAUCCCCCGGUGUUCCCGACGGACAUGCUGGAUCUCACCGUGGAGGAGAACAUUGGAGACGGCUCCAAGAUCACACAGCUCACGGCCUUGGAUGCCGACGAGGGUGCGAACGCUCUCGUCACCUACACCAUCAUUAGUGGAGCUGAUGACAGUUUUCGCAUUGACCCUGAGUCUGGAGACCUGAUAGCGACCAAGAGGCUGGACAGAGAACGACGUUCCAAGUACUCCCUGCUGGUUCGAGCCGACGACGGGCUCCAGUCCUCGGACAUGAGAAUCAACAUCACCAUCAGCGACGUGAACGACCACUCGCCCAAGUUCUCCAGACCUGUGUACUCUUUCGAUAUCCCAGAAGACACGACCCCAGGGUCUUUGGUAGCAGCUAUUUUAGCUACAGAUGAUGACUCUGGUGUGAAUGGAGAAAUUACAUACAGUGUGAAUGAAGAUGAUGAAGAUGGCAUCUUCUUCUUGAAUCCAGUUACCGGAGUCUUUAAUCUGACGCGAGUGUUAGAUUACGAAGCCCAGCAGUAUUACAUCCUCACCGUUCGCGCUGAAGACGGUGGGGGACAGUUUACGACCAUCAGGGUGUACUUCAAUAUUCUUGAUGUGAAUGACAACCCACCUGUUUUCCUCUUGAGUUCAUACAGCACAUCUUUAAUGGAGAAUCUGCCUCUAGGAUCUACGGUUCUUGUGUUCAAUGUUACCGAUGCAGAUGACGGCCUCAACGCGCAGCUGGCCUACAGCAUCGCGGCGGGGGACGGCCUGGGGCAGUUCGCGGUGGACGGCCACGGCGUGCUGACCGUGCGGAAGGCCCUGGACCGGGAGACGCAGUCCUUUUACAACCUGGCGCUGCAGGUGCACGACCUGCCACGCCCCCCGGCCUCCAGGCUCACCAGCACGGCCCAGGUGUCCAUCAUCCUGCUGGACGUCAACGACAACCCGCCCGCCUUCCUUUCCCCGAAACUGACCUACGUGCCCGAAAACACGCCCAUCGAUACCGUUGUCUUCAAAGCUCAAGCGACUGACCCGGACAGCGGCCCCAACAGCUAUAUCGAGUACACCCUGCUGCACCCCCUGGGGAACAAGUUCAGCAUCGGGACCAUCGACGGCGAAGUGAGGCUCACUGGAGAACUGGACAGGGAAGAGGUUUCCAAUUACACGCUAACCGUGGUGGCGACGGACAAAGGCCACCCGCCUCUCUCCUCGUCCACAGAGGUCAUGGUGAUGGUCCUCGACAUCAAUGACAACAGCCCUGCGUUCGCGCAGGCUUCCUAUCAAGUGGAGAUCGAUGAGAACACGCUCACAGGCACGGACAUAACACAGGUGUCCGCCACCGACGGGGACGAAGGCACCAACGGACAGGUUCGCUACGGCAUCGUGGACGGGAACGCACACCAGGAAUUCCGGAUUGACUCGGUGACAGGCGCCAUCACUGUGGCCAAGCCAUUGGAUCGAGAAAGGACCCCUUCUUACCUUUUAACUGUUCAGGCUGCAGACCGGGGCAGCACCCCCAGAACGGAUACCUGCACGGUCAGCGUUGUUCUGCUGGAUAGCAAUGACUUUGUCCCCGUGUUCGAGCUGUCUCCAUAUUCCGUACAUGUCCCUGAGAAUUUAGGGACCCUACCCAGAACAGUCCUCCAGGUGGUGGCAAGAGACGAUGACCAAGGUUCAAACAGCAAACUGUCUUACCUCCUGCUCGGUGGUAACGAAGAUGGUGCUUUUACUCUCUCGGACAGUGGGGAACUUCGAGUGACACAGAGCUUGGACCGAGAGACCAAGGAGCACUUUGUCCUGAUGGUCACAGCUACAGAUUCAGGGUCCCCGGCCCUGACUGGGACUGGAACCAUCAAUGUCAUAGUGGAUGAUGUCAAUGACAACGUGCCCACUUUCGCCAGCAAACUGUAUUUCACUGCGAUUCCCGAAGACGCGCCCACGGGGACGGACGUCCUGCUGGUCAACGCCUCGGACGCGGACGCGUCCACCAACGCGGUCAUCAGUUACAGGAUCAUCGGCGGAAACGCUCAGUUCACCAUCAACCCGUCCACGGGACAGAUCAUCACCAGCGCGCUGCUAGACAGGGAAACAAGAGAGAACUACACGUUAGUGGUGGUUUCCAGUGAUGCUGGGUCCCCGGGGCCUCUUUCCAGUUCCACCAGCGUGCUCGUCACUGUGACUGAUGUCAACGACAACCCGCCAAGAUUUCAGCAUCACCCAUAUGUCACACACAUCCCAUCGCCUACUCCUCCAGGUUCCUUCGUCUUCGCGGUCACAGUCACGGAUGCCGAUGUCGGACCCAAUUCCGAACUGCACUACUCUCUCUCGGGGAGAAACUCUGAGAAAUUCCACAUUGACCCGCUGCGGGGGGCCAUCAUGGCAGCCGGACCCUUAGACGGGGCUUCGGAAGUGACCUUCUCUGUGCACGUGAAGGACGGGGGCUCGUUCCCGAAGACAGACGCCACCACGGUGACCGUCAGGUUUGCGAACAGGGCGGAUUUCCCCAGAGUCAGAGCCAAAGAACAGACGUUCAUGUUUCCGGAGAACCAGGCGGUGGGCACCCCUGUCACCACGGUGACGGGGUCCUCCCUGCGCGGAGAGCCUUUGGCCUAUUACAUCGCCAGCGGGAAUCUGGGCGGCACCUUCCAGAUCGACCCCUUGACCGGGCAGGUGUCCAUUAGCCAGCCUCUGGAUUUUGAAAAGAUGCAAAGCUACGUCGUGUGGAUAGAGGCCAGAGACGGCGGCUUCCCUCCCUUCUCCUCCUACGAGAAACUCGACGUAGCCGUGCUAGAUGUCAACGAUAACGCCCCAGUCUUUAAGGAAGAUCCCUUUGUAGCCGAAAUACUGGAAAAUCUUUCUCCUCGAAAAAUACUGACUGUCUCAGCCACGGACGAGGACAGCGGACCCAAUGGGCAGUUGGACUAUGAAAUCGUCCAUGGCAACAAAGAACACGGUUUCAGCAUCAAUCACGCCACUGGGGAGAUCAGAAGCAUCCGGCCUCUGGACAGGGAGAAGGUAGCUCGGUACGUGCUCACCGUCAGGUCCUCGGACAAAGGUUCCCCGUCUCAGAGCUCCUCCGUGAAAGUGAUCAUUCACAUUUUAGAUGAGAAUGACAACGCCCCGAGGUUUUCUCAGAUCUUCAGUGCCCACGUUCCGGAGAACUCCCCACUGGGCUACACGGUCACCCGGGUCACCACCUCCGACGAAGACGUCGGUGCGAACGCAGUGAGUAGGUAUUCCAUAAUGGACACAAGUCUUCCGUUCACCAUCAACCCCAGCACGGGGGAUAUAGUCAUCAGCAGACCUUUGAACAGAGAGGAUACAGACCGUUACAGAAUCCGAGUCUCCGCACAUGAUUCCGGGUGGACUGUCAGUACCGACGUCACCAUAUUCGUGACCGAUGUCAACGACAACGCCCCGAGAUUCCGGAGGCCCUCCUACUAUUUAGACUGCCCCGAACUUGUUGAGAUUGGCUCCAGAGUGACCCAGGUGUCCGCCACAGACCCCGAUGAGGGUGCCAACGGACAAGUGGUUUAUUUUAUCAAGUCUCAGUCAGAGUACUUCCGGAUUAACGCCACCACAGGAGAGAUUUUCAAUAAGCAGAUCUUGAAAUACCAGAACGUCAGUGGCUUCAGUAACGUGAACAUCAACAGACAGAGCUUCAUAGUGACAUCGUCAGACCGGGGCACACCUCCCCUCCUCAGCGAGACAACCGUCACCAUCCACAUAGUGGACAGAAAUGACAAUGCACCGCAGUUUCUUCACACGAAAUAUUUCACCCCCGUCACCAAAAACGUGAAAGUCGGUACCAAGCUGAUCAAAGUGACGGCGGUGGAUGACAAAGAUUUCGGGUUAAACUCCGAGGUGGAGUAUUUCAUCUCCGGCGAACAGCACGGGGGGAAAUUCAAGCUGGACAACAGCACGGGGUGGAUUUCCGUAGCCUCUUCCCUCCUGGCCAACUUGAACCAGAACUUUUUGAUCACAGUCACUGCCAAGGAUAAAGGGAACCCUCCCCUUUCAUCCCAAGCGACUGUUCAGAUCAUCGUCACGGAGGAAAACUACCACACUCCAGAGUUCUCCCAAAGCCACAUGACCGCCACCAUCCCUGAGAGCCACGGGGUUGGGGCCGUGGUCAGGACGGUGUCCGCGAGAGACAGAGACGCGGCGAUGAACGGCCUGGUCAGGUACAGCAUCGCUUCAGGGAACGAAGACGGCACCUUUGCCAUCAAUUCCUCCACGGGAAUACUGACCCUCGCCAAACCUCUUGACUACGAGCUGUGCCAGAAACACGAGAUGACGCUUAGCGCCACCGACGGCGGGUGGGUCGCCAGAACCGGGUACUGCAGCCUGACCGUCAGCGUGCUCGAUGUCAACGACAACUCCCCGGUGUUCCUCCCCGAGGAGUACUUCCCUGCCGUCUUGGAAAACGCCCCGAGCGGGACCACAGUCAUCCACCUGAAUGCGACCGACGCGGACUCCGGCCCCAAUGCCGUGAUCGCGUACACCGUGCAGUCCUCCGACAGUGACCUCUUCGUCAUCGACCCCAACACGGGAGUCCUCACCACGCAAGGCUUCUUGGACUUUGAAACCAAGCAGAGCUACCACCUCACCGUGAAAGCCUUCAACGUCCCCGAUGAGGAGAGGUGCAGCUUUGCCACGGUCACCAUACAGCUGCAGGGGACGAACGAGUAUGUACCCCGUUUUGUUUCCAAACUCUACUACUUUGAGAUCUCAGAGGCAGCCCCUAGAGGUACGAUUGUUGGAGAGGUGUUUGCCAGUGACCGGGAUCUGGGCGCCGACGGGGAGGUGCACUACUUGAUUUUCGGGAACAGUCGGAAGAAAGGUUUCCAGAUCAACAAGAAGACUGGGCAGAUCUCUGUCUCGGGACCGCUGGACAGAGAGAAAGAAGAGAGGGUGUCUUUGAAGGUGUUGGCCAAGAAUUCCGGCAGCAUCCGGGGUGCAGACAUAGAUGAGGUCACGGUAAACAUCACCGUGCUCGAUGCCAAUGACCCACCCAUUUUUAGUCUAAGCACCUACAGUGUUCAGAUCAGCGAAGGGGUCCCGACGGGAACGCAUGUGACCUUUGUCAGUGCCUUUGACUCUGACUCCGUCCCCAGCUGGAGCCGGUUCUCUUACUUCAUCGGAUCAGGGAAUGAAAACGGAGCCUUUUCCAUCAACCCACAGACGGGGCAGAUCACCGUGACUGCAGAGUUAGAUCGCGAGACCCUCCCUGUCUACAACCUCACGGUGCUGGCUGUUGACUCGGGGACACCCUCAGCCACAGGAAGCGCCUCGCUAUUAGUCACCCUGGAAGACAUCAACGACAACGGGCCGAUGCUGACCGUCAGCGAGGGAGAAGUCAUGGAAAACAAACGCCCGGGAACUCUGGUGAUGACCCUCCAGUCCACCGACCCCGACCUCCCUCCCAACCAAGGCCCCUUUACCUACUACUUGCUGAGCACGGGUCCUGCCACCAAUUAUUUCAGUCUGAACACCGCCGGGGUUCUGAGCACCACCAGGGAGAUCGACAGGGAACAGAUCGCCAACUUCGACCUGUCGGUGGUCACCAGGGACUCUGGCGUCCCUCAGAUGUCUUCCACAGGAACGGUGCACAUCACCGUGAUCGACCAAAACGACAACCCUUCCCAGUCUCGGACGGUGGAGAUAUUUGUUUAUUAUUAUGGCAACCUGUUUCCUGGUGGGAUUUUGGGCUCCGUGAAGCCACAGGAUGCGGACGUGCUGGACACGUUCCACUGCUCCCUCACCUCGGGAGUGACGAGCCUCUUCAGCGUGCCCAGGGGCACUUGUGAUCUGAGCUCCCAGCCGAGGUCCACAGACGGCACGUUCGAUCUGACCGUGCUCAGCAGUGACGGAGUCCACAGCGCGGUCACCAGCAGCGUCCGCGUGUUCUUCUCGGGGUUCUCCAACGCCACCAUAGACAGCAGCAUCCUGCUGCGGCUCAGUGUCCCGACGGUGACGGACUUCCUGACCAACCACUACCUUCACUUCCUGCGCAUCACAGGUGCCCAGCUCGCGGGCCUGGGGACGGCCGUGCAGCUCUACGGAGCCUACGAAGAGAGCAACCGGACCUUUCUCCUGGCAGCGGUGAGGCGGGGCGGUAACCAGUAUGUGAAUCCCAGCGGGGUGGCCACCUUCUUCGAAAGCAUCAAGGAGAUCCUCCUCCGGCAGAGUGGGGUGCAGGUGGAGUCCGUGGAUCACGACGCGUGCGCCCGUGGCCCGUGUCAGAACGGAGGGAGCUGUAUCAGGAGACUGGCUGUGAGCCCCGAGGUCAGGAGCCACGAGAGCCUUCCGGUCAUCAUCGUGGCCAACGAAGCCCUGCGGCCGUUCCUGUGCAGGUGUCUGCCGGGCUACGCUGGGAGCUGGUGCGAAGUGGACAUCGACGAGUGCCUCCCGGCCCCCUGCCACAACGGCGGGACCUGCCACAACCUGGUGGGCGGGUUCUCCUGCAGCUGCCCGGAUGGCUUCACGGGCAGGGCCUGUGAGAGAGACAUCAACGAGUGCCUGCCCAGUCCUUGCAAGAACGGUGCCCUCUGCCAGAACUUCCCGGGAAGCUUCAGCUGCGUGUGCAAAACUGGAUUCACAGGGAAAAUGUGCGAGUCUCCGGUCAAUUACUGUGAAUGCAACCCCUGCUUCAACGGGGGUUCCUGCCAGAGUGGCGUGGAGUCCUACUACUGCCACUGUCCCUUCGGUGUCUUUGGAAAACACUGCGAGUUGAAUAGUUACGGAUUUGAGGAGUUAUCAUACAUGGAAUUUCCCAGCUUGGACCCCAACAACAACUAUAUUUAUGUCAAAUUUGCAACGAUUAAAAGUCAUGCUUUAUUGCUUUACAACUACGACAAUCAGACAGGGGACCGGGCUGAGUUUUUGGCCCUUGAAAUUGCUGAAGAAAGACUAAGAUUCUCUUACAACCUAGGCAGCGGCACCUACAAACUCACCACCAUGAAGAAGGUGUCGGAUGGACAUUUUCACACUGUGAUUGCCCGGAGAGCAGGAAUGGCAGCUUCCUUAACUGUGGACUCUUGUUCGGAGAACCAGGAACCAGGAUACUGCACGGUCAGCAACGUGGCCGUUUCGGAUGACUGGACUCUUGACGUUCAGCCCAAUCGAGUCACAGUCGGAGGUAUCCGAUCCCUGGAGCCAGUUCUCCAGAGGAGAGGGCACGUGGAAAGCCAUGACUUUGUCGGGUGCGUCAUGGAGUUUGCAGUGAAUGGAAGGCCUCUGGAGCCCAGCCAGGCUUUGGCCACACAAGGCAUCCUAGACCAAUGCCCUCGGCUGGAAGGCGCGUGCUCCCGCACCCCCUGCCGACACGGCAGCACCUGCACGGACCACUGGUCAUGGCAGCACUGUCACUGCAAGGACGGACUGACCGGCAAAUACUGUGAAAAAUCUGCCACCCCUGACACGGCCUUGUCGCUGGGAGGCAGGGGCCGGCUGGACUACCACAUGAGCCAGAGGGAGAAGCGGGAGUAUCUGCUCAGGCAGAGCAUCCGCGGGGCCGCGCUGGAGCCGUUCGGGGUGAACAGUCUGGAAGUAAAGUUCAGGACAAGAAGUGAGAAUGGCGUUUUAAUCCACAUCCAAGAAAGCAGCAAUUACACUACUGUGAAGAUUAAGAAUGGCAAAGUACAUUUUACAUCAGAUGCAGGAAUUGCGGGGAAGGUGGAGAGAAAUAUUCCUGAAGUGUAUGUUGCCGAUGGCCACUGGCACACUUUUCUAAUGGGAAAAAACGGAACAGGCACAGUAUUGUCCAUCGACAGGAUCUACAACAGAGAUAUUGUCCACCCCACCCAGGAUUUUGGUGGCCUCGAUGUGCUCACUAUAUCCCUUGGAGGAAUCCCACCCAAUCAAGCUCAUCGAGAUACCCAAACAGGUUUCGACGGCUGCAUCGCGUCUAUGCUGUAUGGCGGGGAGAGUCUGCCUUUCAGCGGGAAGCACAGCUUGGCCUCCAUCUCCAAGACGGACCCCUCGGUGAAGAUCGGCUGUCGGGGGCCCAACAUCUGCGCCAGCAACCCCUGCUGGGGCGACUUACUGUGCAUCAACCAGUGGUACGCCUACAAGUGUGUGCCCCCCGGCGACUGCGCCUCCCACCCCUGCCAGAACGGGGGCAGCUGCGAGCCGGGCCUGCACUCGGGCUUCACCUGCAGCUGCCCGGAGUCGCACACGGGGAGGACCUGUGAGACGGUGGUGGCCUGCCUGGGCGUCGUCUGUCCUCAGGGCAGGGUGUGCAAAGCCAGCAGCCCCGGGGGGCACGUGUGCGUCCUGAGUCAGGGCCCUGAGGAGAUCUCCCUGCCCCUGUGGGCCGUGCCCGCCAUCGUGGGCAGCUGCGCCACCGUCCUGGCCCUCCUGGUCCUCAGCCUGAUCCUCUGUAACCAGUGCAGAGGCAAGAAGACCAAAGACCCCAAGGAGGAGAAGAAACCGAAGGAGAAGAAGAAAAAGGGGAGCGAGAACGUGGCUUUUGACGACCCAGACAACAUCCCUCCCUACGGGGAUGACAUGACGGUGCGGAAGCAGCCGGAGGGGAACCCCAAGCCCGAUAUCAUUGAAAGGGAGAACCCCUACCUCAUCUAUGACGAGAGCGACCUCCCCCACAACUCGGAGACCAUCCCCAGCGCGCCCCUGGCCUCCCCGGAGCAGGAGAUAGAGCACUACGACAUCGACAACGCCAGCAGCAUCGCCCCGUCCGACGCCGACAUCAUCCAGCACUACAAGCAGUUCCGCAGCCACACCCCCAAGUUCUCCAUCCAGAGGCACAGCCCCCUGGGCUUCGCCAGGCAGUCGCCCAUGCCCCUGGGCGCCAGCAGCCUGACCUACCAGCCUUCCUACGGCCCAGGCGUGCGGACCGGCUCCCUCAGCCACUCGGCCUGCCCGACGCCCAACCCGCUGUCGCGCCACAGCCCCGCGCCCUUCGCCAAGUCCUCCACCUUCUACCGCAACAGCCCUGCGCGCGAGCUGCACCUGGCUGCGCGGGAGCCGGGCGCCGACGCGCACGGGGACGCCUGCCAGCCUGGCCUUUUCAACUACGCCACCAGGCUGGGGCGGAGGAGCAAGAGCCCGCAGGCCCUGGGCGCGCACGGCUCCCGCCCCGGCAGCCGCCUGAAGCAGCCGAUCGGGCAGAUCCCGCUGGAGUCCUCCCCGCCCGUGGGGCUCUCCAUUGAAGAGGUGGAAAGGCUCAACACGCCGCGCCCCAGGAACCCCAGCAUCUGCAGUGCGGACCACGGGAGGUCGUCCUCGGAGGAGGACUGCCGGAGGCCGCUGUCGCGAACCAGGAACCCCGCCGACGGCAUCCCCGCCCCGGAAUCCUCGUCCGACAGCGACUCGCACGAGUCCUUCACCUGUUCCGAGAUGGAGUACGACAGGGAGAAGCCGACGGUGUACACCUCCAGGAUGCCCAAGUUGUCCCAAGUCAACGAGUCGGAUGCGGACGAUGAAGAUAACUACGGCGCCAGGCUGAAGCCCCGGAGGUACCACGGCCGCCGGGCGGAGGGGGCGCCCGGGGGCGCACAGACGCCGGGGCCGGCCGACAGCACCCUGCCCUUGAAGCUGGGGCAGCAAGCAGGGAAUUUCAACUGGGACCACCUCUUGAACUGGGGCCCUGGCUUCGGACACUAUGUGGAUGUUUUUAAAGAUCUGGCCUCUCUCCCAGAAAAAGCAGCAGCACAUGAGGACGGCAAAAGCGGGGCGGCUCAGCCGGUCCCCAAGGAUGGGGAAGCCGAACAGUACGUGUGAAGGCCGAGGGUGGGCAGGCUGCAGACAGACAAGGGCGUGGCGCUGUCCUCGUCCCGGCCAGCGAGGACUGGUGUUGGAGGGAAACAAAAAU